CAACAUUAUUAGUAGCUUAUUCCAAAUUGAAUGUUCACUUUCUGGUGUUAAAGAGCAAAAUCAACAAUAUAAGGUCAUUUUACUUAGUUUUCCACCAUCACAGAAGAAAACAAGAUGCCGAAACAAAAGCAGAAACAAAAAACUGCAGACAUUGGCUUUCACUAUGGAAGGACCGAUCUGGAACGUAUUGGUUUAUUUGCAGAAAUGAGUUAUCUCCAUGGAAUGGGCUAUACUCGGCCUUAUGUCAAUGUUUUCAAUGAAGAAAGUAUCAAAGGGCGUCAGAUGAUUCCUGGUUUUCCACAGUCAAAAUGUGCAAGAGAUGAUGGUUACUUCAUUCCUUUCAGACGAAUCUUUCAGAAAGAAGCCUAUUUCAAUAAGAGUAGAGCAGCAUAUCUGGAACGACUUGCAGCAACUGCAAAGAACAUUGCACCAAGAACAUUUGUACAGCCAUCUCCAACAAAAAGACAAACUGGAUCUGGAGAUUAUUAUGGUUGUUUUGAGAAAAUUACAGCUUUCAGCCCAUUAAAACGAGCACAGCCUCCAAGAGUGAAGGAGCCAAAGAAUAUGCUUUCGAAGCCUCCGAAGAAGGGUGGACCAGGUUAUCCCGAUAUUACAUUUUCGCCAUAUCCAGAAUACAUAGAGAGCCUUUAUCGUGGAGAACUUCAGGACUACAGGAAUAAAUACAUACAACAUAUGUUAGUCAAUAAGAGACCUGCUUUCCUGUCAGCAAUUCAUCGAACUCAAUAUUUUGAUCCAAACCCAUAUUUUGUUCCUGAAGAGGAUGUUGGUCCUACGUAUGCUGAACCAGUAGGAAAAAUAGUCAAAGGUUUUGGAAGUGGUGUUUUUAUUCCCUCUUCACCUGGCAAAAAGGAUGGUGGUUGCAAAGCUGGCACCUUUGGCAAAUAUCCUGCUCAUUCAGAGGAUAAGUAUUUCCCUCCAAUAGAGUCUGUACCAAGAACGAUGUCUUCAAAUGUAUUUUAUCCACAAAUGAACAUCAGGAGCAUGCAGACGAGAUCUAUUGUCAAUUAUAAUGUAGACUUUGGUGUAAAUGCUGAGAACUGGAGGAAGUGUGGCCUUAUUGUGUACACACAAUAA